GGUGGAGGCGGCGGCGGUGGUAGCGGUGACGGCGGCAGCAGGAGUGGCUGGGCGAGCUCCCACCCUCAAGCAGCGACACGAGUGAGGACCAGGGGAUCAUCACUGCUCAGCCCCAAGCCCUGGCAUGUGGCCAGCUGAAGUUGCGCAGAGUUUCUCAAGUGCCAGUUCCCCUCAGGACGGUGGUGGUUUCGAGAGACAGCAGGCCAAAGCGGGAGGGCAGAGGCCAGGACUUUUGCAGGUUCCUGUGCCUGCCAGCGGUUAUGUGACCAACAGAUCUGCAGGUGGUGGAUUUUGCAAGGCAAGGCCAACAUCGCAAGGGAAGGAGGAGAGUAAUGCAUAUACCGAAUGGAACAGAAAUAUGGCCAAUGAAGGUGGCACUAGGGAGCCACACUAUCAAGCAUUUGGCAGCCCUGUUGCAGCUCUAGGGCGAAAAGGACCAAGUAGUUCAUUGACCAGUUAUGGACCAGGAGCCACAAAUAAAUUUAAGUCCAAUUCUGCACAGUCUUGCACACCAUCUCUGUCCUCUGCUAGAAACAAGGGGUCAAACUCCAGUGGUACAGGAAGAGGCAAUGGCAUGGGCUUCAAUUCUAGAGGAAGGAGUAACGUGGGUAGCAGUGUUGGAGGAAGGAGUGACAUCAGCAGCCCAAUGUCAGGAAGGGGCAGUAUGGACUAUCAAGCUACUGGGCAGGGAGGAACCAUGAACUCCAGUGUUAGAGGAAGGGGUGGCAUGGGCUCCAGUAUACACCAGUCUUACCCAUCUACAUCACAGGGCAACGUGCAGAUUAAAAAUACCCCACCUGGUCUACCUGCACGUCAGAGGGCCUUGGCAGCUGGCGACCACAGCAACACAGUUGGACAAGGAAUGACUACGAACUGGGGAUUGAGCCAAAGCGACUUAUCAGAUUAUUCAUUUUUUGAUGAUUCAGACUUCACAAACAGCAAUUCAGAGCAGCCAGCAGAAAAGAGGAUGCCCACAGUGGCCGGCACGAGGGCUGGCUCCAAGCUGGUGACCAAGGAGAGGACGGUGCGCGUGCUUACGGCCACGGUGGAGAGCAUGAAGCACUGGAGCCAGUACAGUCUACACGUGCCCCUGCUGUUUGAGCUGUUCGCAACUUUGGAUUCUGCAGUUGCACCAAAGGAGAGAUUUGCCAAGGUCUUUACCCUUAAGGAUGGGCCUCACGCCAUCAGAUGCAUAUUCUAUGAAACUGACCGCGAGCUCCCCCGGCUGACACGAGGCUUGCUGCACCGGUGUGUGGGCCGCUUUGACCAGCAGCAGGAGGUGUUCCAGUGUUUCUCCAUACGCCCGGCCUCAGCAAUAGAAAAAGACACCUACCUAACACUGGUCAGUGCUGCUGACUACACCAUGCAGCUGUUUGUAGCCAAUUUACGUGAGCCGUAAUCUACACUUCCACCACCCAUCCGCACCAACAGCACAUUGUACCUUCUGUGGUACCAAUAUGAGUGCCACUUCUGGUUUCCACCAGGAUGUCUUCUUAUGCGUUUAGAGUAUUUGGCUGCUAUAAAGUUCCAUGUGAUAACCUACUUUGUUGAACUUCUGAAAAAUAACUAUAUAGCUCAGUGGUCCUUACCUGGUUAAAUAAAAAUUGUUUAGUUUAGUUUUAUUGAGGUAGCUGUUAGGAGCAUUCUACAGGUUUUCCCGGGACAUUAAUAUUCCACGUGUUUGUCAAUUGUGUGAUAAUUCACCAGCAUCUAUAUUUAGUUCUCCCCUCUUGCGGAAUUGAGAUGUUCUUCCCACAAUAUGUGCCAGUGUUUUAUACAUCAGAGUUGGCAACACUACCACCUGCACUUGCAGCAUCCAUACAAUACCAAACCCUCACACUCUCCGUCAUCCUCGCAAAGUUCAUUGUCGAGUGAUUCUAACCACUUGGCAACAAAUGGGCAAAAUUUGUAAUGGAAUCUUCCAUAAGCAUGUUGUGCCAUUUGUAGGCAUCUUCAUCGCUUAUGGGCAUGAUAGGUUUAGUUGUUAAAUUGUUUAUGUUUUGUUCUCUGUAACACUGCUAUCAGCCGCAUCGGGCAGUAAGGUAAAUAACAACCCUUGCGUAGGAAUGUUGAAGCAUGUGGUUAAUAUGGCGAUGAAUUUUAUUCCAGACUGACACAAUAUGGGCUACUCUUGCAGAUGGUACCAUACCUAGAUCUAUGUCAGGUAGGCAUGUGGGAUGUACUUUCUUGUAUAAUUUGAAAUUCUGCUAAAACUCAUUUUGCUAAAUCAGGCAAGCAUGCCAUACAUUCAUAACUAUCUUUUUUUAUCAAAUUGCUGAGCGUUUAUGAUUUUUCUUUCCAGCUUGAGUUAAUUACAGGUCUCGGAGUGUUAUUCGUGAAGUGUUUUCCUCCUGCCUUUCCGCCCCGUUUUGACAGCAUGGCAGCUGAUUUUUUUUGCAAAAUGAACCCAAUUCUGCCACAGGCCGCAUGAAUGAUUAAGCCAAAAUGGGCUAAGCUAGGUCAUAGUUAAAGGUUUAAAACACUGGACUUGCAAUGCAAAGAUCGCCCAUUUAGUUAACAAUGAGGAAAGUUUAUCAAAUCCCCCAUCUGGCCACCCAAGUGUAAAUGGGUACACCACAGUCCAUGGCAGGUCGUGUGCGGUUAGGUGAAGUGUGGGUACGCUCACAUCUGGUCAGUUUGGAAGAGUAAGCCCAGCUAUGCUCGAGAGUUCGCUCGAGUGGAGGCCUUCCCGCCAACACUGGCAUUAACAAGCAAUGUGCAGGGCCACACGUUGACCUUUUAACUGAUGCUAGCAGCUAAUGCGAGGCAGUUCACAGCAUGAUUGGUUGGCGCUGGCCACAGGUGGAGAUUGCUAUUGGUGGAUUCCCCUCAACCUCCCCCUUGCUAUUCUGUAAAACAGCGCUUGCGGAGCUGAACUUGCAUUUCACCCAAUAGCAUUCCGGCUGACUCGUAUAUAUAGCAAAAAAAUAAUCUUAUACAAGAAUAGCACAUUUAACUGGCUCCCAAUAUUCCGUUCUGUGUGGGAGUUCACUACUUGUAAAGACAGCACGUAAGCCCUAAAUCGAAAUAAUGGAAAGUUAUGUGCUGAGCUAAUGGGGUAGCAGUCAGUCUGCAUACAAAUAAUUCCCAGACUCAUUAAAGUUUGAAAAUGUGCAUUGAUUUGUUAAAAAGGUUCCCUUUUGUGUAUAACUGCAUAUUGCAAGUCCUAAGUGUUAACAUUUGUACAUUUUAAGUACAGAUUAUAUGUGUUGGUUGUGGUGUUACGUUAAUGUAUUAUUCACUGAAAAUUAAACAAGUUGUCCAAAUAUUACAUAUGUUUGAAAUCGUUUAUUACCGUAUUAUAAUUGUAGGUA